AUGCUUCAACACAGAAAGUAUUGCCAUCCUGGUUUUGCCUUUUCGGAGGUGUUCUUUCUCGUUUCAUCUUACGGGACCGUCUACUUGAUGUGGAUAAAAUUUCGAGCCACUUAUGACCAGAACCAUGACACUUUUCGCAUGGAAUUUUUGGUCGUUCCAGCAGUAGUACUUGCUCUUUUUAUCAAUCACCAUUUUUCGUUCAUGGAAAUUGCCUGGUCAUUCUCCAUUUACCUGGAAGCGGUUGCAAUAAUGCCACAGCUGUUUAUGCUGUCACGUACGGGAAGUGCUGAGACAAUUACGGCACACUACCUGUUUGCGUUGGGAAUGUAUCGGGCUUUGUACAUUUUGAAUUGGAUAUAUCGCUUUUAUACCGAGGAGUUCUUCGAUCCGAUCGCUGUCGUCGCUGGUGUUGUGCAGACCAUCCUCUACGCUGAUUUCUUCUAUCUCUAUGUCACAAGAGUGAUUCGAGGACGCAAGAAUCUGGAGCUUCCCGCUUAA